AUGGCUAAUGUGCGUGUGGGGUGCUGCUGCGGGGCUGCGCGCAGCAUCUCGGUGGAGGAGAACGAAGAAGUGAUUGACUACAUCUUGAAGGCCAGGCGGGUGAAGCUGGUGCCUCUAGGUCAGCAGCAGCAGCAGCAGCAGCAGCAGCAGCAGCAGCAGCAGCAGCAGCAGCAGCAGCAGCGGCAGCGGCAGAGCCGCGGCAACAGUAGCAGCGACAGCAGCAGAAGCUGCCACGGCAGCAACUUGCAGCCACCAAUAACAGCAGCAGCAGCAGAAGAAACGCCGGAAAGACAGCGCCCAGCAAUAACAGCAGCAGCAGCAACAGCAGCAGCAGCAACAGCAGCAGCAGCAACAGCAGCAGCAGCAACAGCAGCAGCAGCAACAGCAGCAGCGGCAGCAGCAGCACUGGCUGCUUUGUGUUUGCUUCCUCUCCUUUACCUUCAGGUGUGGGGCGCGGAGAAGUGGAACGACAAAUCCGUGACUGAAGAUUUUCUCGAGUUUAAAGACGAGGAAAAUGAGGAGGCCCAGGACAGCGAAGAAGGAGAAGGAGAGGCAGUGGUGGGGGCCCCCAAGGGGGCCCCCCAGGGGGCCCCCAAGGGGGACCCCCGCAAGGGGGCCCCCAAGGGGAAGGAGGCCCCGAAUGGCGCUUCUAGGGGGGCCCCCAAAAGGGUACAGAAGGAAAAGAAAGGGCCCAAGGGGUCUGGGAAGAAGCGAAGAAGAGAAGAGAGGCAGCAGCAAAAAGAAAGGGGCCCCUUCAGGAAACCCGGGGGCCCCCAAAAGGAAGAAAAGACCCAAGAAGAAGAAGGGGGGCCCCCAUUGAAGAAGCAGCGCAUGCAGAGGCAGCCCCAGGACCAGCCCCAAGCCAAGGGCGAGGCAGAGACAGGGGGCCCUUUGAAGAAGAAGAAGCAGCAGCAGCAGCAGCAGCAGCAGCAGCAGCAGCAGAAGCCACCUAAGCAGAAGAAGCAAGCACUAGUUCCUGGCAAGAAGCCUCACAGUCCGAAGAAGAAGCAACAACGAAAAGAGACGAACAAAUCAGAUUAA